UGGCCGCGACUGUGGGAAAAUUCUCAUCUUUUUGCCACGUGCAGCGCCGCGGUUCCGGCCGGCUGCAACCUUGGGAGCCCUUGGCGAGGUCGGCUGGGUACCGGUGGGGGGAAGUGAGCUUUGGAGCAGCCUGCAGUGAAGAGGCCGGGGAGCGAGGGUCGUGCUGUGGCCCCUGGGGUCCACACCGCCUCCGGCCCCCUCCCCCGGGGGGCUGGCGUCUGGGGCUGCUUUCGGUUUUCCGAGCGGAGGCUGCGCGGGAGGACGGAGGAGAACCUUGGGGCCCCCCGAGCCUCCUGGCUGCUCAGAGCCUCCGUUCCUAGUUGCAAGUGUAAGUGACUUGUCAGCUCCCCUGGUGAGGACGGGCGAGCGCCUUGCCGUCGCUCGGAAGCCUUGUUCCCAUAGAAAGGGUUGUGAUGACAGCGAAGAUAACGUUGUCGUGAUGAAGUGACAGAUGGUGACAACCACAGAGGGCGGAGCACCGCCCCGCUCAAACUUUUGGCUUUCCACCGUCGGCGGUGGCCCCUGAUGGCCAUCCUCCCACUUGAAAGACCUGUAACAACUCUAUGUUGAAGGCGGUCUGCGCCCCCGUGGCCCUUUGCCCCGUCUCGGCUCAAGUGCCACCUUUUCAGAGAUGCCUACCCCGACCACCUUGUUUAAGGUUGGGUGGGAGGAUGUGUCUGGUAUCUGGAAGGAAGAGCUAUGCAGGAAUCCCCUCGCGAGUUCAUGCAUCUUUUCAGGAGCGUCCGUAAGCAGUGGAUGACAUUUCAACACUUCACCUUCCUCAGGCGCAUGUAUGUCACACAACUGAACAGAAGCCUCAACCAGCAAGUAAAACGGAAGCCAGAACCCACGGUGUCCCCUUUCCUUGAGAGAAGCUCUUUGGCUCAGGCCAAAGCAGAGACCUGUGCAAUGAGACCUCUUCCACCCCCCCACCUACCUUUAUCCAGAAAGCCCAAUGACAAAGAACUGCUGGAACUGGAAUCGGCCUCCGUAAUUGAGGGCUCACUCGAUGUGGGGAGAGAGACCAAGGAUGAAAAGCAGUGGAAAGAGAUGAAACUCCAUCUGGAUGAUUUGCCAGGAGUCUUGGCUCGGCUGUCCAAAAUCAAACUCACAGCUCUCGUCGUCAGCACCACCUCGGCUGGAUUUGCACUGGCCCCAGGACCUUUUGACCUGCCGUGUUUCCUGCUUACUUUUGUGGGAACGGGCCUUGCAUCCUGUGCUGCCAACUCCAUCAAUCAGUUUUUUGAGGUGCCAUUUGAUUCAAACAUGAAUAGGACAAAGAACAGACCUCUGGUUCGUGGACAGAUCAGCCCGUUGCUAGCUGUGUCCUUUGCCACGUGCUGUGCCGUUCCAGGCGUCGCCCUCCUGACCUGGGGGGUGAACCCCCUCACGGGAGCCCUGGGGGUCUUCAACAUCUUCCUGUACACCUGUUGCUAUACCCCGCUGAAGAAGAUCAGCAUCGCCAACACGUGGGUCGGAGCCGUCGUUGGGGCCAUCCCGCCUGUCAUGGGCUGGACGGCAGCGACCGGCAGCCUGGACGCCGGAGCGUUUCUCCUGGGAGGGAUCCUCUACUCCUGGCAGUUCCCCCACUUCAACGCCCUGAGCUGGGGCCUCCGUGAAGACUACUCCCGCGGCGGCUACUGCAUGAUGUCGGUCACCCACCCGGCCCUGUGCCGGCGCGUCGCCCUGCGCCACUGCCUGGCCUUGAUCGGACUGUCCGCCGCCGCCCCCGUCCUGGACGUCACCACGUGGACCUUCCCCGCCAUCUCCCUCCCCAUCAACCUGUAUAUUUCCUACCUCGGCUUCCGGUUCUACGUCGACGCGGACCGGAAGAGCUCCCGGAAGCUGUUCUUCUGCAGCCUCUGGCACCUGCCCCUGUUUCUGCUGCUCAUGCUCACCUGCAAGCGGCCGCCAGGGGCGACCUGUGCCGGGGGGGAGCCUCGGGGUUGACCCCACAUGGGCGCGUGGGGAAACAAAAACAAAAAAACGUACAGGGAGACGCACUUUUUUUUUUUUUUUUUUUUUUGUCCUUUGCGGUGAGACCAGAAUAUUUUGUCAAUUCUAGAAGCGGAGAAGGGAAAUUGCCCGGUUUAGCAGGAGAUUGUAAAAUGAUUUGAUGCUCCGUGAUCACGCGACGUUUUUUUUAAUGGUAGCAUCCAAGAUGCGCCCCAAAUGAGAAAUGGGUUGGCUCAGGUGAUUAAUAAUACAGAGAGAGUAUUUUUCUCUUUAA